AUGAUUAGUGCGUGGAAACUCAAGAACCCGGUGGAAACGCAGGAGCUAAACAAAAAUUUGUUCCUCUUCAGAUUUGCGACGCGGAGAGAUCUGAAGAAUGUAAUUCGCAGUGGCCCAUGGAGCUUCGACAGAAAUCUCCUUGUCCUUGCUCGAGUGUCAGGAGAGGAGCAACCCUCAUCUCUGAACAUGCAUUAUGGGAGCUUUUGGGUUAGAGUUUAUGAAUUACCCCUUAUGCUCAAAACGGAGGCCAUGGCAAAGAAGUUGGGAGGGAUUUUGGGUGUUUUUGAAGAGGUUGACCAAAAGGACGCACAUCGUAAUGGACGUUUUCUCCGUAUCAAGGUAACUCUAGACCGGAAGCUUCCGCUGAAAAGGGGCACAGUUGUUCGGUUUAAGGAAAAGAACUCGAAAGUCUUCUUCAAAUAUGAAAGACUUCCAACAUUCUGUUUUAUCUGUGGAAGAUUAGGCCACCAGCUGAAAGAUUGCGAGGCGGUGGGAGAGCUGAGUGAGGAGGGUUUUGAAGAGUUGGAGGAACAGGAUCUCUCAUAUGGCGUAUGGUUGCGUGCCUCCCCGCUACCCAGAAUCCCAGAAGAGCAAAAGAAGAAGGACUCAAACUCGAGUUCUUGCAGCAGAUCACUUUUUAACAUCUCUUCCGACCAGAGUAAAUGUGAAACAAAGAAUAAGGAUAAAGAAGAAGGGGAGGUAAACCAAGUUACAACAGUGGUAGAAGGCAGUAAACCAAGAGAAGACUCAAAAGUGAAAGAAGGUCCGGCCCCAGAAAAUAGACUGGAGAUUGAAGCUGUCGCUGAGUCAUUAGGAUCAGUGGACAUAUCCAAUGUGCGAAGUGUCACAGGAAAAGCACCAAAGAAUUCUAUGGGCAGGAAGAAGAAGUGGACUAGACGGGUGGCUCCUCGGAAAGGAAACAACAGCGAGAGUAAGAAACUGGAGAUGGAGAUGGGGAAAAGGCAAUUAAUUGAUGUUAUGAUAAUAGAAGGUGAUGUUGAAGGUUGUGUGAGUGGUGAAAAGAAGAGGAAAGGCCUUGGUGUCGGGGAGGAAAAGUCUGUCAAAGAACCAGAGGUGGUGUUGGACGACCAACACCGCCUAGCCCAAUGA